GAAUUAUUUGUCUGAUUUUGACGACGUCGCUUGAGUUAUCAGUUGUAGUUUAGAGGGCACAUUUGUUAGCAAUGAAGCAGUGGAGCAGAGCUGUGUUGGUGUGUAUGCUGGUGCACGUUAUACGUGAGGUGUCUGGCGGCCAUCCUUACAUCGUGCCCACGGUAGGGCAAGUGUGGCCCAAGCCUCAGAUGCAAGUGUCGCAGACCUCAACAGUCACCAUCGCACCAUGGCAAUUCAACUUUACAGUGACUGACCAAACCUGCCCCCUGCUGCAGCGGGCGCUGGAUCGCUACAUUGUCAUCAUGUUUUCCACUUACAAGCAGCAAACGAAGGCUCGCCACGCUGGCAGAGUGAGGGGCAUAGAACUCACCAGCUUCCAGAUUCGUCUCCUGGCGGCUUGCGAAGACGCGCCUUACCUUCACAUGGACGAGCAUUAUGAAAUAAAGAUCGACAGUCCAGAUGAGCCUGGCGUGGGCAGCAUGACAGCGGUGAGCGUAUGAGGCAUCCUGCGAGGUCUCGAGUCCUUAUCUCAGCUCCUCAUCCCCGAAGGCGACGGCACCUACACCGUAUACGCCACGCAGAUCAUGGACUUCCCGCGUUUUUAUCACAGAGGCUUCAUGAUCGACACAGCUCGUCAUUUCCUGCCCAUGAACAAAAUAAAAGAAAUGCUCGAUCUCAUGAGCAUGAACAAAUACAACGUCUUGCACUGGCACAUCGUUGACGAUCAGAGCUUCCCUUACAAGAGCGACGUCUACCCCGAUCUCAGCACCAUGGGCGCGUGGGACAGCAAGAGAGUCUACCAAUCGUCCGACAUUGCCGACAUCGUCUCAUAUGCAACAGACCGCGGCAUUCGAGUCAUUCCGGAGUUCGAUACUCCAGGUCACACGCGCAGCUGGGGCGAUGGCCAGCCUGACCUCCUCACUGAAUGCUACACUAACGGGUCCCCGAACGGCUUGUACGGUCCCAUCGACCCAUCGAAGGAGACGACCUACGACUUCCUGAAGGCGCUCUUCACGGAGGUGACGAGUCGCUUCCCUGACCACUACCUGCACCUCGGCGGCGACGAGGUGCCCUUCGCCUGCUGGAUAAGCAACCCAAGCAUUUCGGAGUUCAUGGUCCAGCAGAACAUCACGACUUACAAAGGCCUGGAGAGUUACUACGUUGCACGACUUCUCGACAUCGUGGCCAAACUUCCUACCGCCAACGGGUACAGUACUAAAGCUACCACGGAUUACUCCAUAGGUACUCAGGCCCAUGUCAUAGGUAACCAGGCCAGCGUCAUAGGUACCCAGGCCCACGUCAUAGGUACCCAGGCCAGCGACAUAGAUACCCAGGCCAGCGUCAUAGGUACUCAGGCCCACGUCAUAGGUACCCAGGCCAACGUCAUAGAAACCCAGGCCCGCGUCAUAGGUACCCAGGCCAGCGUCAUAGGUACCCAGGCCCACGUCAUAGGUACCCAGGCCAGCGUCAUAGGUACUCAGGCCAGCGUCAUAGAUACCCAGGCCCAUUGUACCACCACUACCACCACACCGCCUCGUGACUGUGAUGACACCUACCACCACAACCACCACCACCACACCACGUUUUCUCCACAGGUAACAGCAGCAGGCUUCUCUACGCUGCUCUCGUCGUGCUGGUACCUCAACUACAUCAGCUACGGUACAGACUGGCACCAGUACUACGAGUGCGACCCGCAAAAUUUCAAUGGCACUGAGACGCAGAAGAGCCUGGUGGUGGGGGGCGAGGCGUGCAUGUGGGGGGAGUGGGUGGACCGCACUAACCUGAUCGCCAGGACGUGGCCCCGGGCGUCGGUGGUCGCCGAGCGCCUGUGGAGCGACGCGUCUGUCAAGAGCACCAACGAGGCGGCGCCGCGGCUCGAGGAGAUGCGCUGCCGGCUCCUCGAUAGGGGCUACGAUGCCGAGCCGCUCGGAUGGAGCUAUUGUCUUUCUGACCUUUAA